AGAGGAGAAAAUUGAGAGAGAGAGAGAGAGGAGGAAGUGAAAGGAGGGAAAAGAGAUGAUGACGUGGAGUGAAAAGGAGGGGAAAGACAUGUGGGCUACGUGGGUCCCACGCUGACUUAGCCGUCACGUAGGCUAAAACCGGGUCAAAACCGUCUAAAGAUCUUUUAUGACUGGUUUUGAUUAAGUUAAGGGACGCGAGAUAUCUGGUUUUGUGGUUUGAGGAUGAUUUUGUAUCUCGAUGACAAAUUGAGGGACCUUGGGUGUACUUUUUCCUCCGGAUAUAAUUCCCCUUGCUUUUGCUCCAAAUCACCAAAUGCGGCCCGAACACUUUGGGCUGUUUGGCUGGGUAGCCCAAAGCUUAUUCAGGCAUCCAUCUAGACACCCAAGGUCAAUGCUAACCGUCCAUCCCACAUCGGACGGCAGCGCGCGGCUUUCCGCACGGCUGCAGUGGAGCCGUUUCCCCCAUCGCAUCGCAUCCCCCUCCUCCGCCCCCACCUCUCCUUAUCACCAUCGCAAUUCGCCGGCCAUUACUCUCUCCACUUCCCCUCCUCUUCCUCCGCUCCCCAAUCUGGUCUCGCCCUUCGCCGCGCGAGAGGAGAGAGAGAGAGAGAGAGCUCGCUCGCGCGCGCGAAGAAUCGACGAGGAGGAGGAGGAGGAAGGGGAGAGGGGGAGAGGCGCCAUGGGGAAGAACCAGGCGUACAAGGCGAUGCAGCGGGCGCGGCUGGGCUCCUCGUCCGGCGCCCCGGGCGCCACCGACUCCCCCGAAGACGGCAUGACGGACGGUUCAUUUCAUUCUCCAGAGUGGCAUGCGGCGCGGUUGGCCAGCCUGAACAAGACGCACACCGUCACGUGGGAGGAGUUCAAGAAGAAGCAGAAGGAAGACGAGUUAAAGAGGGGUGAAAUGGAAGCUGACAAAGAUAAAAUGAUGAGAGAAUAUAGGGCUCAACUGGAUGCUGAAAGGGCACAAAAGCUAGCUCUUGGAAGAAACCACUCAAGGUCAAAGUCAUCAUCUUCUAAGAAAGAGAAGAAGGAUAAAGAUGCAAAGAAACGGAGUAAAAAGAGGAGAAAGCAUAGAAGUUCAUCAGAGUCAAGUUCCAGUUCAUCGUCGGAAUCAUCAAGCAGUGAUGAUGAGGAUAGGGAUUCGAGAAAGUCCAGGUCACGGUCCAGAUCGAAGAGGACAAAAAAGGAUAAGAAGUACAGGUCAAGAUCCAAGCACAGGGGCAGUGAUAGUGAGGAGGAAGGACCUGUGCGGCUCUCUAAAUUCUUUGGGAACCCAAAGAAAUAGAUGAAUACCGGGAGGCCUGCAGCCAGAAGACCUCGUCGCAUAAUCUCUCUUGAGCUAUGAAUUGAUGGUUGUAGACUGUAUCAUUAAGCUCUAAUUACUGUGUUAAGGUGGGAAAAAACCGAUUACUGUAUUACAUCUCAAGAAUGUUAAAUCAAUUUGACGGUGCGGCAUUUGAAUAUGAAUUCAUUGUAACAUAGUAGUACGUGACAAGGGAGAUAUGCUGGCACUUAAUAGCAUCAAAAGUUUUUAUUUGCAUC